UAAUAUUUUCCAAAUCUUUGAGAAACAAUCACCUAAGAAACUUCUCAUCUAUGCUUCAGUCUUUGUACUAAUUUCAACUCUCUUACCAACAAACACAUUUAUCAAUAUUGUAAUCCUCUAGUUAUGUUUGAUGAUGUCAUUAGCAAUGGUUUAUCAUAUUGAUCGGUUGUUGGAAGCAGUGUAUCACUUGAUAGAAACGAUAGAUCAUUUUCUUGAAAAAUUAUCGACCGCUUAGUAGAAGAGGUAUAUCAUAUUCUUGGAAAGUAAUCUAUCGCUUAAUGAAGAGUGGUAGACUAUUUCUUCAAAGUCAUUCUGACUUGUGAAUCACCGUGUACUAAUUUUGGAAAUGAUGAAAGCCUAGAAAACUCCCAUAAUUUGAAGGCCUGUGCAUAGGGUCUCCGACCACACCCAAAGCCGACCCUGUACAGAUAGAUAUAUAUGCCAUUGUAAUGUUGACUAAAAAUGAGAAUUAGAAAGCAUGAUUUGGAAACAGUGGGAGGCGUCGACAACAAGCCAGCAGUUGAAUGACAACUUAUUACUUAACACUAAUUCACCUUCAUUACCAGUACAAUGACUCUCAGUGGCUAAUCUGAACUCUGGGUUUCUAGUUGAAUCAUCAUCGACAUUUGUACCUGGACCUCUCUGUUUUUUAAAAUUUUCCGGUUUCCCUGCCGCCGUUGAUCGGAGUUUGGGGUUCGCUCGCUUUCUUGAGCACAGUGAUAGCUCUCUCUCUGAGUGUGGUCUCUCUGUUUUUCUUGCUGGCUCUGAGAUUGGGUUUAAUCAUUGAGGUUUCUUUGGUUAAUGUGCGGGCAGACGGUAGGUGAGUUGAAAAUAGGUAAAAAGGAGGUGGGAAAAGAAAAAAAGAGGAAACUUAUUAGAUAAGAAGAAUGUCGAAAAGGCAGAUUCAUUGACUGGUAGCUCAGAGAGAGAAAUCAGGGAGAGUUAGUGAGAGAAAGCAAAGCGAAGAACACGAAACCCUAGAAGGAAAAGAAGUGGGCAGGCAAGAAGAAAAUUGGGGAAGAAAGAAGCCAAAACCCAUCAGCCAGAAAGUUCCUUUGGGAAUUUCCCGAAAUAAUUCUUUUCCCACGAAGUUGCUCUCAUCGGAGAUUUUCCUCCCUUUUCACCCCCUUCUCCCAUCCCCUGUUCUAUCUUUGAUCCCAACCCAUAAUCCCUUUUCUUUGUUGUUUAUUAUUAGUAAAGCUUCCAUCUUUUCCCCUUUUCCCAGUUUCCCCUACUCGCCUCUUCAAUCUAUACUUAUCGCCAUGCCGGUCGAUUUGGAUAACUCCUCCACUGCUUCAGGGGAAGUCAGCGGCUCUUCCUCCGGCGGAAACAACCCCUCUCAACAGCAGCAGUCCACCGCCGCCACCCCCAAGAAGAAGCGGAACCUCCCCGGCAUGCCAGAUCCAGAUGCUGAAGUUAUUGCUCUGUCACCGAAGACUCUAAUGGCGACGAACCGAUUUGUCUGUGAAAUCUGCAACAAAGGGUUUCAGAGGGACCAGAACCUGCAGCUCCACCGGCGAGGCCAUAAUCUGCCGUGGAAGCUGAGGCAGAGAUCGGGGAACGAAGUGAAGAAGAGAGUCUACGUUUGCCCCGAAGCGAGCUGCGUCCACCACGAUCCGUCGCGGGCGCUGGGCGAUCUCACCGGGAUUAAGAAGCAUUUCUGCAGGAAGCACGGCGAGAAGAAGUGGAAGUGCGAUAAGUGUUCAAAGAAGUACGCCGUUCAGUCCGAUUGGAAGGCUCACUCCAAGAUUUGCGGCACCCGAGAGUACAAAUGCGAUUGCGGGACUCUGUUUUCCAGGAGGGAUAGCUUCAUUACCCACCGAGCAUUUUGCGACGCUUUGGCAGAGGAAAGUGCCAGAGCUCAUCCCCAUAACCCAACUCCACCUCCGCCUUCGAAUCGGAGCCCGGGAGCCGACCCGCAUGUUGAUUCAGCUCCGGCAACGGCGCCGCCUUCUGCUCCAUCAUCUUCGGUGUCUCCGGUUCACAGUCCAGAGUUGCCAAAAACUCAAGAUCCCUCGCCAGCGCCAAUCAUGGAACAACCAGUAGCUCGGGCUGCAACUGUGAAUGCUAGCUGCAGCAGCAGCAGCAGCACCAGCUCGAGCAGCAAUGGCAGCACUACUAGCACUGUCUUCGCCAGUCUGUUCGCCUCCUCGACAACUGCAUCAGAAACCCUCCAUCCACCUCCGCCGCAGCAGGAGACUCACUCGUUCUCUGACUUGAUUCGAGCAAUGGCGUCACACCCUGAUCACAGUCACACCACUGUCGAGCUCGCUCCACCACCAAUCGAACCUAUCUCACUCUGUCUCUCCACAAGCAAUGGCUCGUCGAUAUUCGGGCAGGAGCGACGACACUAUGCUCCACCACCACCACCACCACCACCACCGCAACCACCUUCCAUGUCAGCCACCGCAUUGCUUCAGAAAGCCGCCCAAAUGGGAUCUUCUGCUACCAAUGCAUCGUUACUCCGGGGAUUAGGGAUAGUCUCGUCCUCUUCGUUGUCGUCUUCUUCUUCAGCACAGCUUGAUGGUUGGGCUCAGAGACACAUGGAGGCAGAGAAUUCUUCUGUUAUUCAUCAUCAUCAUCAUCAUCAUCCAGGGCUUGGACUUGGAUUGCUGCCUUGUGAUGGAGGGUCGGGCUUGAAGGAGUUGAUGAUGGGAAGUACUUCUUCUUCUGUGUUUGGUCCUAAACAUGCCACACUCGACUUCCUCGGACUAGGAAUGGCGGCUGUCGGAGCUGGCCCGAGUAGCGGCGGGCUCUCGGCUCUGAUUACAUCGAUCGGCGGGGGGCUUGAUGUAGCUGCUUCUUUUGGUGCUGGAGAAUUUGGUGGCAAAGACAUUGGUAGUAGCUCGUGAGAUUAGUAGACCUAGAAGGACAAGUCCUUUUGUCUUCUGUUUUGUUUUGUCUUUUGUCUUUUGUUUUUGUUUUUUGUUUUUUGUUUUUCGUUUUUGUGUUUAGAGAUUAGAGGAACUCUCUUAAGAUGCAUAUUGUACAGCACUACUAUAUGAUGUAUAUCGGUAUUAGGGCCAAGCAAAAUCCGAACAUUAAAUCAAAAUGCUCUGUUUUGGUAUGAAAAUUUGUUCUCAAUGAAAACCAACAGCUUGA